AUGUAUAAGUUAUUUUGCUUAUUCCUUUAUGCUUUAUUUGUAAAUAGCUUAUUAAAGGAGUUUUAAGCCAGCUAGAGUUAUUUGCUGAUUGAAAUAUUUAGUGAUGAUUGGCUUAAUAUGAAAAUUGAAAUUGCAGAAAACUAAGUUAUAAUGAGUGAAAUAGCAUAAGACAGUACACAAUAUUUGUAUAUGUAUUACAAACUUAAAAUUGGAUAAUAAUAUAAAUUGGAUAUUUUUACAUUACCAGACAGUAAUGUUACAAUUACCGAAGUACCUUCAAGAACUUGUCCAACAAAUUGUUCAAAUAAUGGAGAUUGUUAAAACAUGCAAUGCCAUUGUUAAGUUAUGAGUACUGGGUAAUGUUAAUUAUUAAUAUUAAGAGACAGAUGCCAAUUUUAAGUUGUUUAAUUAUAUAAUCGAACUCAAUAUUCCGAAAGCCUAAAAUCUCAAUAAACCUUAAUUAUUGCAGCUUUUUAUUUACAAGCUCAACUAUUAGAUGAUUAGGAGUACUAAUUUAUAAAAUUUUGAGUUUGACAAGAAAUCUCCAAAUUCAGUCAUCCUUCUCUAUAGAUUCAAAGAUAUAUCUACUUUAACCUUUUGAAUAUCCUUCAUCCAAAUUGAUUGAAGACAAAUUAAUUUAUGAUGGAUAAUUGUCAUCCACUCCUGCUGAGAUUAAUUAUUCUAGUAAGUUUGAAAAAUAUCAUAUACAAGCCAGUUACUAUUCUUUUAUAAUAGUAUUAAAAAAUACAAAUUCUUAAAAACAAGAUAUGGUACUUAAAUAUGAAUUACUGGAUAAUGAUUAAAAAUUUUAGGACUUUAUUUUAGUAGCAAUAUUAAGUGUAAUUUCUUUUAUUAUAUUAUUGAUAAUAAUAUAUAUAGUUAGAAGAAGGUGUCAAUAUUUAUCAUAAACUAAAUUUAAAGAAAAUUAAGAAGAUUAAUCAGAUAACAUUGUUAUUUAAUUAAUGCCUAUAGUUAAUCCAGUCAAAGAUUAAGAUUGUGUAAUAUGUUUAGAUCCAUUAGAUAAUAGAUAGUGUAGAUAAACACCAUGUAAACAUAUCAUGCAUGAUAAUUGUUUAAAAUAAUGGAUUUAAAAAUAAUUGACAUGUCCAGUUUGUAGAGAUACAUUAAAUGAUGUAGAAUAUAUACCUAGAACUUUUAAAUCAAGAAAUUAAACAUCAAAUACUUUUAUUCUCAGUCAUCAAGGCCAAACUGUUGUAUAAAGUGAUAGAAAUUCAGUUCGUUCUAUGAUAAUUACUAGAACUAGAUAAAGUAGAUUGGCUGUUUUUUAAUGA